UUAAAUUCACAUUUAUUUAUAAUCAGACAGACCCAAAAGACACACACCCUCGUUCAACAAUUUAAGACCAAAAGAGCUUAAGAUUGUUUUGUCAACGAGUAAAUUAGAUUUAGUUUGACAUUCCAUCAGUUACAGUCUGUCACUUAGGUAGGAGUAACCAUUUUUUACUUUUGAGAAUGAGUAAAAAGUCUUUGUCCAUCACAAAUCCAAAAAAGUCUUCACCUUGUUCGUCUUCGUCGGUCGUCACUUUUGCAAGCUAAUAAAAGCCAGAAUAAAUAAUUGGAUAAAAUUAUUUUUUAGUUACUGUUUAUCUAUUUUAUAUUUUUUCUGGAACACAGCUACAAGGUAAAGCUUCAAUCUUUCCCACUGACAUUUUCUGGUCUUCGAUUCUUUUUUUUUUUUCACUGCUUGGGUCUUGUCUGUAGGUUAGAGAGAUCCCUACAAAGAUCCAAAGCUGAGAAAUUUCCAGUCAAUGCUGCUUGAGAUCUGACCUCUUUUCCUUCAAUGUCGCUCUGAAAUCCCCUAAAUUUCGCCCAUCAGGUGAAUAAAGCGGAGGUAGAAAGAUGGGAUCUGGUUUAAACGACACAUUAUCUCGGAAUUACGGUGGCUUGGAGCUAUGGGAGAUAAUAGUGAUUGCUCUCUCGGCGGUCUUCGUCGUAGUGUUAGCUAUAUCGCUAUGGCUUACUUUCAGAAAGAAAAAAUCAAGAUCAUCUUCUAAUCAACUCCCUGUUAGCCGCCAGAUUCCUCCUAGUGUUCCUGAAGAGAUCAAAGAGAUUAGAGUCGACGAGGUUUCCUCAAGCAAUGGCGGCAAUGGAUAUCCCUCUAUUAGUGAGAAAUUCGGUGAUAAAGAACCCGAGAAAGGGAUAGUAGUAGCAGAGUCAGAGAAUGGUGAUAGUAGCCGUUCAGGCUCGUUUAACCACUUGGAGAAGAAAGAUGGAUCGAGCGUAUCUUCUGCUAAUCCCUUGACAGCACCAUCUCCUUUGUCUGGUCUUCCCGAGUUCUCUCACCUCGGAUGGGGACACUGGUUCACUCUUAGAGAUCUUCAGAUGGCUACGAGUCAGUUCUCGAGGGAUAACAUAAUCGGUGAUGGCGGAUACGGAGUUGUUUACCGUGGUAACCUUGUGAAUGGUACUCCUGUUGCCGUUAAAAAGCUGCUCAACAAUCUAGGACAAGCUGACAAGGACUUCAGGGUAGAAGUUGAGGCUAUAGGUCACGUUCGCCACAAGAACUUGGUUCGUCUUCUCGGAUAUUGCAUGGAAGGAACGCAAAGGAUGCUGGUGUAUGAGUAUGUGAACAAUGGGAAUCUGGAGCAAUGGCUUCGUGGAGACAAUCAAAAUCACGAGUAUCUAACAUGGGAGGCACGUUUGAAAAUCCUUAUCGGAACAGCCAAAGCCUGUGUUGCUUCUGUACAUUUGGUGGAAUGGCUGAAGAUGAUGGUUCAACAAAGACGAUCAGAAGAAGUGAUUGACCCAAACCUCGACUCAAAGCCAUCUACAAGUGCGUUAAAAAGAACACUCUUGACUGCUUUGAGAUGUGUUGAUCCAAUGUCUGAGAAACGACCACGGAUGAGCCAAGUUGCCCGUAUGCUUGAAUCCGAGGAAUACCCAAUUCCUAGAGAGGAUAGAAGAAGACGGAGGAGUCAGAACGGGGCAACAAGAGAGUCAGAUCCUCCCAGGAACAGCACAGACACUGACAAGAGUGAGUACCAUGACCUAAAGCCUGAAGCUGGAUGACAUUGGAAAUAACGGAGGUGUAAAUUGUCGUCAAGUUUUCGAGCUUUAUGUGAAGCAAGCCCUUGUUCUUCUCCAGAUCUUCUGUGUUAUGUGAUAUUUCUUCUUUUUUUUCUUUGGUAAUAAGGAGAGAGAGAGAGAGAGAGAGAGAGAGAGAGAGAGAGAGAGAGAGAGAGAGAGAGAGAGAGAGAGAGAGAGAGAGAGAGAGAGAGAGUGUUCAUCGUUUGGUUUUGAGAAAGAUGGUUUUAGUUUGUUCCAUCACAUCAUUUGCUUGUAUAGUAAGUAGUGUUCGUUUGUUUGUUGUGUAAUAUCGUUUGCUUCUCUACGUUUUGCAAUGUAGGUUGUUUUUGAACCAAGAAAACGCCAGCUUUUGUAGGCUAUGUUAAGUCUUUGAGCGAAACGACGUGGAGUUUCCUAAGGUUAUUCGAGAAGGUCUAUCACAAAUCCUGAUAGCGUGAACGCAAACGGCUAAUUAUUACGUUUUCAUGAAAUAAUUUGAUAAAUUUAGUAUUUUUGUUAGAUGAAAUAAAU